ACUAGUUCUUCCUUACCCUUUUUCCCUUGAUUAUAAAAAUGGCUGAAUGCAAGAGCUCAGAGCUUCACAUAGCCAUGUUCCCAUGGUUUGCAACUGGCCAUAUGACCCCCUUUCUCCAUCUCUCUAAUGAGAUUGCUAAGAGAGGCCACAAAAUCACUUUCAUACUGCCCAAAAAAGCUCAAAUUCAGCUACAACAUUUAAAUCUUCAUCCAAAUUUCAUCACCUUUCAUCCCCUCACAAUCCCUCACGUUGAUGGCCUCCCACUUGGUGCAGAGACCGCCUCAGACAUAUCGAUAUCUUUGGUCCAUUUGCUUGCCAUUGCCAUGGAUCGCACACGUGAACAAGUUGAAAAUAUUUUCCGAGCUAAAACUCCAGAUAUGGUAUUCUAUGACAAUGCACAUUGGAUACCAGAAAUCACCAAACAGCUUGGAAUCAAAUCAAUUUGCUACAAUGUUGUUUCUGCUGCAUCGCUUGCAAUUGCUAUGGUUCCGACACGUAAUGUUCCCAAGGAUAGAGCCAUUACAAAGGAGGAAUUACAGCAACUACCAGUAGGCUACCCUUCAUCGACCAUAGUCCUUCGCAGCCAUGAAGUUGAUUCUUUAUCAUUCAUUUCUCUACCCUUUGGAGAUGGGAUAACAUUUUACGAUCGUGUCACAACCGCCAUGAAAGAAAGUGAUGUGAUAUCUAUUAGAACAUGCCAAGAAAUGGAAGGCCAAUUGUGUGACUAUGUGGGGAAUCAAUUCGGAAAGUCUGUGUUGUUAACAGGACCAGUGUUACCAGAGCCCUCUAAGAGUCCUUCGAAAGGCAUGUGGGCUACUUGGUUGGAUGGGUUUGAGCCUGGGUCAAUGGUGUUUUGUGCAUUUGGGUCUCAAAUCAUCCUUGAAAAGAAGCAAUUUCAAGAACUACUAUUAGGGUUUGAGUUAAUAGGGUUGCCAUUUCUAAUAGCCCUGAAACCGCCAAUGGAAUGUGCAACAGUUGAGGAGGCAUUGCCAAAUGGGUUCAAGGAAAGGGUUAAAGAGAGAGGAAGAGUUUUUGGGGGUUGGGUGGAACAACCAUUGAUACUGAGUCACCCAUCAGUUGGGUGCUUUGUGAGCCAUUGUGGGUUUGGAUCAAUGUGGGAGUCUUUGAUGAGUAACUGUCAAAUAGUGCUUGUGCCACAUCUUGGUGACCAAAUAUUGAAUACUAGGUUACUUGUUGAAGAGAUGAAGGUUGCUGUGGAGGUGGAGAGGGAAGAAUGUGGGUGGUUUUCAAGAAAGAGCUUAAGCAAGGCGAUCAAGUCUGUGAUGGAUAAAGAUAAUGAGGUGGGUAUUAUGGUGAAGAAGAACCAUGCAAAAUGGAAAGAGAUAUUAGCUAGCCCAGACUUCAUGAGUGGUUAUAUGGAUAAAUUUGUCCAAAACUUGCAAGAUCUUGUACUAGUAAAUAAAAAAGCAUAA